AUGAAGGCAGUCAUCAUCGCUCAGCCCAAGACCGAGGGUCUGGUCACUGAUCGACCCAUCCCCAAGCUUCGCGAUGACUAUCUACUCGUCAAGACCGUCAGUGUGGGCUUGAACCCCACCGACUGGAAGCACGUUGCCUACCUUUCUCCUCCCGGUGUUCUCGUCGGAUGCGACUAUUCAGGCACCGUUGAGGCCGUGGGCAAGGAUGUCAAAAAGGAUUUCAAAAAGGGUGACCGCGUAUGUGGCUUCGUGCACGGCUCCAAUGCAGUGCAGCCCGAGGACGGCACUUUCGCCGAGUACAUCGUCGCCAAGGGCGACUUGCAGUGGAAGAUACCCGAGAAUAUCAGCUUCCAAGAGGCCGCCACCCUCGGUGUGGGCAUCAACACCGUGGGCCAGGGCCUGUACCAGAGUCUGAAGCUUGCCCUUCCCACCGACCCCAUCAAGGAUGCCACUCCCAUUCUGAUCUACGGCGGCUCCACCGCGACCGGUACCCUGGCUAUCCAGUUUGCCAAGCUGUCGGGCUACAAGGUCCUGACCACUUGCUCGCCGCACCACUUCGAUUUGGUCCGCAGCCUAGGCGCCGAUGAUGUCUAUGACUACAAGGACCCGCAAGCCCCCGCUAAAAUUCGCAAGGAUACUGAUAACAACCUGAAGCUCGUGUUUGACUGUAUCUCGCUCGACUCCAGCGCUGCGUUUUGCGACAAUGCUAUCUCUACCGAUGGCGGCGAGUACAGCUCUUUGCUGAGCGUCAAGAUUAACCGUGCCAAUGUGAACGACCGCUACACCCUGGCUUAUACCACUAUCGGCGAGGCAUUCUCCUUCGGUGAUACGCCGAUCCCCGCCAAGCCGGAGGACAAGGCUCACGCUGAGAAGUUCAUUCCCAUUGUCGAGGAUCUGCUCGCCCAAGGAAAGAUUAAGGCCCACCCCACCAAGGUCGGCGAGCAUGGACUGAAGGGUGUGAUCGAGGGUCUAAAGCUGCUCAAGGAGGGCAAGGUCAGCGGCGAGAAGCUGGUCUACAAUGUCUCCGAGACCCCUUGA